AUCAUGCUGAAUAUAGUGAGCAAGAAUGGGUUAGUAAAUAUCUACAACACGAUCAGGAUAAAGGAUACGAGCAUGUUGAUAGCAAAUUCUCAUUCGAAUACACAGGAGAAUAUAUGAUCUGCAUCGAAGGGUUCACCGAUAGUUGCGGUGUUAAGAAGCAGACAAUUGCACAUGAUCACACCACUAUUAAAGUAGGAGAAGAGAAAAAAAGAUGUGAAACAAUUACUCAAGGUUUUGUUAUGCUUAAAAAACAACUUCUGGCCACUUACUCUAAAAUAGAUUAUGCAAAAUUAUUGAAAAAAGCUGCUUCAUACAUAGUACAAAGAAAAAAAGUAUCGAAAAAACUUCAACUUGAAUUGGAUCAACUGAAAAAAACUUGUGAUAAUUUGAAUACAGAACUGGAAUUCUUUAAAAAGAUGAAAGUUUAUUAUGAUUUACUGAAAGAAAUUCGCAGAAAUUAUACAAAAAGUUACACACUAACUUUAUUGUUAAUUGAAGUUAUUAGAAAUUUUGGUUGGAUAGAAUUUGAUCCCUCAGAAGAUGCUAAAAAGAUUUCAGCAAUUCAGAAUAUUAAAAAUUGGUUUACAAAUAAAAAUAAAUUGUUAUUGACCAUUAGAAAUUAUAUAACUACUGCACCGAAGAAUGAGUUAUCUGUUGAUGAUUCAUUAUAUUCAGAUCAAGCUCAAAGUCUUUCAGCCAAAGAUCGUGGAGUUCGAAAAUUUGGUGAUGUGAUUGGAUACUUUACUGGUAGUGAUAAAAUUUUGUAUGAAAUUUUUUUUGUAGAAGUAUCAUAUGGGCUAUUUUAUAAGGAUUCGGAACCCCACAUAGAUGAAGAUAAAAUAAAAUUAGGUAAAUUAGGUAAAGAUUCAAUUGAUCGUAUUAGUAGAUUAUUAAAUACAGAGGAU